AUGAGGUGUCUCACUCUAUUGUCACUCAGCUCAGCUGUCGGUCUUGCCUUAGCGCGAAACUGCCAGAACUUGACCGUCACCGUAUCGAUCGAAGGCAGAAACGGUGUCUUCAACGUGACUGCUACGCAAAGCAACAUCGAAGUCGUCAACUUUGUGCUCGAUCAGGUGCAGCAAGGUCACAAUGGCACAGCCGAAGUACUGGAAGGCUAUGCCAACGUUGAGGGGACAUACAACUUGUCAAGCACAUAUUGCACACCAGACAGUGGACCAGGAAAGGCACUACAGGUUCUCACUCACGGUGUCGGAUUUGAUCGCAGUUAUUGGGACGCCAGCCUCAACGAGUACAACUAUUCAUACGUCAACAAAGCCAUUGAAGCCGGCUACAGCACUUUCUUCUACGACCGACUUGGUAUCGGAGAGUCAUCUAGGGCUGACCCUAUCCAGGACAUUCAGUCCAGUCUAGAGAUAGCUUCGCUUGCGGCUCUGACCAAGCUUCUCCGCUCUGGCAGCGUUCCUGGUGUACAGCAACCCUACAGCAAGGUGAUUCACGUUGGUCACUCCUACGGAUCUAUCCAAACUUAUGCACUCGUACGCGACUACCCAGAGCUGUCGGACGCCAUCAUCCUCACCGGCUUCAGUCAGAAUGGCUCCUUCAUCGCGGAUUUCGAGCUUGGCGGCAAUUUCGUCGCUGUGCAAAACUCACCGCUCGCAUCGCAGUACCCAGCAGGUUACCUCGCGGCAGGCAGCAAGUCUGGCGUGCAGAGCAACUUCUUCGCUCCAGGCGACUUCAGUCCUGAGGCUCUAGACUACGCAUACACGACCGGUCAGCCUGUCAGCCAGGGCGAGUUGCUCACGCAAGGAGGCGCUGCUGCGGGUGUCAACAAUUUCGCCGGACCAGUGUUGAUCAUCACUGGUGAAAGAGAUGUACCGUUUUGUGGUGGUGACUGCGACUUGACUGGCAACCCGAACCUGCCUAAUAUUCCGAGCUCGAGCAAAGAGAGCUUCCCGAAAGCGAGUGAGUUCGACGUGGUGAUUGUGCCUGGCGCAGGACAUGGACUCAACCUGCAGUAUUCCCACGUGUUCACGUACUCCCAGAUGUUGGAGUUCCUGGGUGCUGUUGGGAGUGGGAGUGGUGGUUGGGAGGAUGUGAGCAAAUGA